AGGCCCAAUAAACGGCGUUGAUCCAAGUCACCGUAGCCCGUUCACUUACACGUGGCACGAGAAAGAAAGAAACGGAUGCAUUUUGCUUCUAAACACCAACGAUCGUUAAUCACGAAAUUACCACACUCUCUCCUCAAACCUUCUUCUUCCGCUCUAAAACUAAAACCUUCCCACAACAACACAAAGUUGAAAGUCCCUUUUCUCUGCAACAUUUUCCAUCACCACCACCUGCCACCAGCACUUGCAGGAGGCUUUAGCUAUACGAUGCAAUAAUGCAUGUAGGAGGUUAGAAGAAGACCAAGUCACCUGGAAAAGGCUUUGACAUUCAUUCAGGCAAAAUGAGGGACAGCACAUUGCUUAAUUGUCACCAAAAUAAUGGCGGAGCAGUAGAAGCAGGUGCACCUUCAGUAGAGAAAAAAUUUGCUUCUUCAAUAAAAGCAGCUACUGAAGUUCCUACCUCCUCUUUUGAGUUCUAUGUCUGGUCAGAUGUGGGAAUUAAUCUUCAUGUUGAUUUAAAUUUGUCUCCAUCAGAUUGGAUUAAUAGGUUUAGAAAUGAGGUUUGCAUGAGUGAGAAUGUGCAUGGAAACAAAUCCCAAAGCCUUUGGCAGGAACUCAGCGGCUUAGGAAAGAACCGCACACAAGGUAAAUCUUCCUUUUUGUGGAGUACAAAUUCUGGUCAAAUUGAUGAUCAUGAUGGAGAAGCCAGAUCUUCCUCAAGCUUGAAACUGACAAAAGAUGGUAAAACACAGUUAGAUCAUCAGAAUAAAGAUGGCAUUCCUUUGAUAUGUGAUUCACUGACUCCAUGCAGCACGUCUAUGAAAGUGAAAGAUAAUUUACAGGAAAAUCAGUCAACUGUCUCAGCUGAUUUGAAUGUAAAUGUAGUGGACAAUUUAAUGCAAGCUCAAUCAACUGUCUCAGCUGAAGUCAGUUGUGGUGAACUGAACAACUUUAUUUCUGGUGCCGAAUCUUGUGCUAAAGAUGCGUCUAAGAAAAUCCUUGAUUCAGAUGCUUCCAAUUUGCCAUUCGUCAAGUCACUUUAUGAUUCUGUUGUCUACUCAGUGUCAGAUAAUGGCACACUAGAACUUCAAAAUUCAAAGCCUGAUAAUGAAUGUUCUGAGGAUUAUGCUCUGCUAAAUGGUUCUUGCUUUGCGAACCCUGGCGUGGUGUGUGCUGGAGCUUCAUUAAGUAGUUCUGCGGGACUACAAAAUUCAGAAGUUAUUUGUUGUCAUAAAUAUGCAUCAGUUUCACUCUGUUACAAUGAUGGUUCCCUGGAUUUAAGUGAUCCAAAGAGCACAUCUGAUAUGGAACAGGGUAGACUAAUCAAAACUAAGAUUAAUUUUGAAUCUGACAGCAACAAUUUCACAUCACUAACUGAUGAAUGGGAGGUGGGCAAGAUUGUCGAUGGAAGAGAGAGUUCAGAAUGCUCUCAAUUUGAUGAUCCACUUAAGAAAUCUAGCCUAGAUUACAAUAUUCAUGAUUCUAAAAUGGAGCUUUGCAAGAAGAGAAAAAACAGAGACUCCGAGAUUCAUGGUUCAAAUGAUAAACCUACAAGAGUUUUACGAAGCAUGAAGAAUACCGCUCUGAAGCUGCCUAGAAGAUCCAUGAGGCUAAUAUCCAAGUGAGUUCAUGAAGUGCUUGGUGCGGCAUUUGGGGUAAUUAGUUCCAGAUUUUUGAAUGAAACUAUAAUCGACUGUUCCAAAGUGGAAGUAUGACAUUUAGUAGGUUCCUUCAUUAUUUUGGAAGAGUUAUACCCAGAGUAAUAAUAAGCUAGGUAAUAUUUUUUGGUAGAAUUCAGUUAAACUGUUAUAGAAUCAGUCGUAGUUCUUUCUAUUUUUGUUAUUUAGAAAUGUUAAAGGUGUUGUUUAUUUUAACGUGUAUACUUCGAAACACAAUUUCUGAUUGUAUAUUUACAUGGAUCAUAUCAUUUAUCAUUAAAUUUACUUAGCUUGAUCUCA